AUAAGCACAGGCACGAUAGCCAUGAGCUCAAAAUUUUCAAAGCUUUCAUGACAAUACUACGCAAUAUCUUCUUUUAACUAAGAUACCUAGUACCUCUUCAAGAAUUAUAUAAUACAUUUUAUUUUCGGCGUCCACAAAGGUCUCAAAUACAUAGAAAAGAUGGCACCCCUCCGCCAUCGACAGAGUCUCUCAAAGGAGAAGUUCUCCGGAUAUUUUGGCUCUUUAAAGACCCAAACUUAUAGCGACCCUGGUACAAGAGGCUCUGGCUCUCAUAGUUUAAGGACAAUCUCAUGGAAUCCUCUGGGCUCACUGAUAGCAACUGGGGCUGCAGAUAAGACGCUGAGGGUAUGGAAUCCCGAGAGACCUUCAGUGAACUACUCUACUCAACUUGUUGGCCACACUGCUGGAAUCGAAAAGGUGGCAUUCAAUCCUGUAAAAGAUGCUGAACUUGCCAGUGUAAGCAGCGAUGGUGUUGUCAAAUUUUGGGACGUCAGAACUAAAGCUGUGAUCAACGAAGUCAAAGGAUUGGGCGACGCAUUCACAUUAGUCUGGCAUCCGAACGGCGAGAGCCUAGUUGUUGGUAACAAGUCUGAUAAUAUCUACAUACUUUCCCCAACACAAUCAACCCCCCUUGCUUCACAUCAGCAGCCAGUGCAAACAAACCAAAUUGCUUUCUGCUGGAGCGGUGACAAAAUAUUUCUUACAACGGGAGAAGGUCGUAUAAAGAUUUUGUCCUAUCCUGACUUCAAACCCACCUUUAACAUGAGUUUCGAGGCUUCACAGCCCUUCACUUUGAACGGGCAUACAUCCUCGUGUCUUUCCGUGGAGAUGCAGCCAACAGCUAGGUUCUUGGCCAGUGGAGGCUCGGAUUCCAUCAUUGCACUCUGGGAUACAACUGAUUGGAUAUGUCAACGUACUUUGAUUGAUAUGGUGGGCCCCAUCAGAAGCAUAAGUUUUAGCUUUGAUGGAAGCUAUAUUGUCGGGGGUAGUGAUGAAGGUACAGGAUUGGAAAUUGCUCAUACAGAGACUGGAGAGCAUGUGUACACCGUCAAAGGCAGCCCUUGUCCUGUUGUCGCCUGGCAUCCCAACAAAUAUACUCUAGCAUAUGUGGAAAACGGUGGCUUGAAGAUUAUUGGAGUCGACUUAGAAAGGAAGUAAAGGGCCUGAUUUCUAUGGUCUUUGAAGCCAGCUUGUAAGCUUUCUGCAAGGGGUUGAUAAGCCUUACGAAUGCCCUGGAAGGCACAACGACAAGAAAUUCGAUUGAAAGGCCACCGUAAAGUUAUCCUCACAACAGAAGCGACGGAUGAUCAUCACGAUGCGGACGAAGGUGUAUACGAUAUAUCUUGCUCGCCGAUUAUCUAGGCACUAGCUUGUAUCUCGAAGAAUUAGGAAGAUAUACAUGGCAACUUGGGGCGAUGUUGUCCAAAUACAGUUUACUAGCAAAGACCCAUGAUCCAUACCUCCGUGCGUUUUAGCCUCAGCGUGUUGGAUCAAUUGCACAUCAUUUUAGUCACCCAAAUAUGAACUUUCCCAAGCAAGACGUUUAAAGAAUGUAUGGCAUGAAUUGGUGAGUCGGGGGCAACAUCCAGCCGUAUUACUAAUAGGAUCUCCUUUGUCUCUUGAGCUUUAAUUACAUCCGGUUGUCUCACAAGGCUGGUGUGUACCCAAGCAGCAGCGCGUCUGCCAUGCAUAUGCAUCUCUUGCUAAAGAUGCCAAUGGUUGUUGUGAAAGGCGGGGUUUACGAACAAGGUUUUAUUUUAGCUUGCGAGUGAAAACGACUCUAAAGCUGAUGCCUUGAGUAACCUCGAGAUAACGUGUUAGGAUUAACUGUUACGAAACGUU